ACACUCGGUUGAGAUGGUGCAAGCGAUGGAAAUCUGCUCAAAUCUGCUCAGAUCGUGUGCCAAGAUCGGAAAUUUCCCCGCGCGUGAUUUGACAGAUGCUGCUCAUGGGCUAUGAAUAUGAUGGGUUUCCAAUGUCGUUUGCAGAAUGGCACUGUUUUCCGACUUUUUUCCAAGCCAUCGAGCUUUUGACACACGGUUUUGUUCACCCCUGAGAAUGACAGAAGGUUGCUCGGCUGUGUGAGCAACUCGGAAUCUGCAUUCGAGUGAUAUUGUCUGCCAGAUACAGCAUGGGCGACUUUCCACUGGCCGCCCGCCAUAUCCAGAAUUACAGUGCUGCAACGACAUUAGAACCUCACUGGGGAUAUGCAGACCGUGCUCUGCCCUGCACAAGCGAUGCAGGUUCUUGUGCCUAUCUCGAUGUCGACUAUGCGGCGCAUGAUCGAGGAAUGCUAUACACGGGGAUCCUUUGGGCCACGAUUGGCGGCAUCCUCUUGAUCUGGGCUUGCUUGAAUCAGUUCCGGGGCUCAGGAGCAACCACGAUAGACUCGACAAUUAAAAUGUCCAGCAUGGAAAGGGGCCGUCGCUCGUUAGCAGCGUUCAGCAGACGCUACCUCCUUCCCGAUGCCAUGCGAUGGAUCUUUGGCCGUACCACCCGACUACAAGUCCUCAUUCUCGUCGUCCUAGCAGGGUAUCUUCUUAUAUUCAGCUUCGUCGGCAUUGUAUACAACACUUGGGUCACGCCCGUCUCUGGCAUGACUGGAGUGUAUAAUACUCGCACAAGCCUAGGCCCAUGGGCGGAUCGAGUGGGUGUUCUGGCAUUCGCCCUAAUGCCAUUGUCGGUCCUGCUCAGCAGCCGAGAGUCAUUUCUCUCCCUGAUCACAGGCCUACCGUACCAGAGCUUCAAUUUCCUGCACCGCUGGCUCGGCUAUAUCAUCUUCGUUCAGUCCUCCCUUCACACCAUUGGUUGGUGUGUCGUUGAGCUGCGGCUCUAUCAACCGCAACCGUCUGUCGGGAUUGCGUUCAUCAAGCAGACAUACAUCGUCUGGGGUAUUGUCGCCAUGAUACUUUUGCUCUUCUUAUUCGCACUGAGUACCCCAUGGGGUAUCAAACUCACCGGCUACGAGACCUUUCGCAAACUGCACUACAUCCUUGCGAUGGUCUUCAUUGGCGCUUGCUGGGGUCACUGGGAACAACUGAAAUGUUUUCUCCUCCCAUCCCUAAUCUUCUGGUUCCUGGAUCGCGCCGCUCGUCUUUGUCGUACUGCACUGUUGCACUAUCAACCAGACCAAGCCGGCACGAUGGGGUGCAGACCCGCCGAGGCAACAAUCACCCAAUUCCCCGACCCCAAUAACGGCGACGUACUUCGCCUCGACAUCGACCACAUUCAAGAUCCAUGGGCCGUGGGUCAACAUUACUAUCUGUGCUUCCCCCAAAGCAGCAUCUGGCAAUCACACCCAUUCACACCUCUCAACGCGCCAACCGCCACCAAAGGCAAAGUGAGACAUUCGUACAUCCUUCGAGCAAAAGGCGGGGAGACGAAAAAGCUCGCCAGUCUUGCAGCUAACGGUGUUACAAACACCCCAGUCAUCUUGACCGGUGCAUACGGCGAAGCCACCACCGAACACCUAACUCCUAACACCAAUAUCCUGUGCAUCGCCGGCGGCACCGGAAUCACCUACGUCCUCCCAGUAUUACUCGAAUGUCUGCAGCAGCAUCAUCAACAACAACAACAACAAAAUCCCCCUCCAACCCGAACCACCGAACUCAUCUGGAUGAUCCGCCACACCCAAGACACCGCAUGGAUCAAAGACGAACUAGACCUAUUACAAAGAUUCCAAAAUAGUCUCAACCUGAAGAUCCGCAUCUUCGCUACGAGAGAUCCCGCUCCAAUGGACGAAAAGAGUGCACAAAUCUCAGCAUCGUCUUCUCCAACUACCCCACAACCCUGUCCAUGCGGCCAGGAUGCCCCUGUCAAGAAACUAAACGACGACGCUGAAAGGCUCAGCAAGCAUCCAGAUCUCGGGAACUUAGUCUCCCAAUUCCUAGAGGAGACAGUCCAGGGACCAACGACGGUAUUCGCCAGCGGUCCCGGCGGUAUGAUCAGUGACCUGCGAACCAUCGUUGCGAGUUGUAAUUCGGGCAGUAAGGUCUGGACCGGACAGGAACGAUUCGAUGUUCGGUUGAUGUGUGAUGAUCGAUUGGAGUGGUAAAUAUUUUUGGCAUAUAUGUACAUACAAUCCCAUUGAACAAAUUUUUCGAUACUUGGAG